AUGGAUUAUGGUAAUGAUGAUCAUUGUCAUAAUAAUGAUGAGAAUGCUGAUGGUCAUGAUGAUGAAUUUUACCAUCUUGUUUCUGCUGGAUGCCGUGCAGUAGUGACGUAUGCCAUUAAACACAUUGCUAAACAACCUUGUAGAGACUCUAAAGAAACUGGAUUGGUUCAAGAAAGAUUUCAACAUUCUGGUGAGACUAUACACAGACAUUUGCAUAAAGUUAUAAAAGCACUUAACUUAAUGGCAAUGGAUCUCACCAAACCUUCUGAUCUUAUAUUCAGUGAAAUUCCAAAAAAAAGACGGCAUCGUCAAUUGUAUUGGCCACAUUUUAAGGAUUGCAUUGGUGCCAUUGAUGGAACACAUGUCCUAGCUGUUGUUAGAGAGGAUAAGAAAAUUCCAUACAUUGGAAGAAAGGGAACAGUAACUCAAAAUGUUAUGGAGGCAUGCGAUUUUGAUUUACUUUUCACAUUUAUUAUGGCAGGAUGGGAAGGUGCAGCACAUGAUACAUGUAUUUUUUUAGAUGCUAUUCGUAGUUCAUUUGCCAAUUUUUCGAAACCACCAUCAGGAAAAUAUUAUUUGGUUGAUGCUGGAUACCCAUUAAUGAAAGGAUACUUGACACCUUACAAUGGGGAGAAAUAUCACCUUCCGGAUUUUCGACGAGCUGGUCGAGGAAAUGGGAUAGAAGAGAGGUUUAACUAUGUUCACUCAUCACUUAGAAGUGCGAUCGAUCGAACUUUUGGUGUGUGGAAGAAUAGGUGGCGAAUUUUAAGACAAAUGCCAUCUUAUGAUAUUAAAGACCAAAUGCUCAUUGUAGUUGCCUCCGCAGUACUUCAUAAUUUUAUUAGAAUACAUGAUAGGAAGGAUGAGAGAUUUAAGUGGGAUAAAAGUAUCUCCGAUGACCUAGAGAGCAAUGAUGAUGAAACAUGGAGUACCAGUCAAGAAGACAUUGGAAAUAUACAUAAUGAGGAGAUGAAAAUGGUUCGUGACAAUAUAGCUCGGUCUAUUUGUGGGCUGUAA